CACACGCAGCUCGUUUGUAUCGUUUCUACCGUGAAUUAUGUGAGAGAAUUUUUUGACUUCAGACGAGCGACAAGCAGUGGAGUUAGGCCACGCCAGGCACUGCUUUCUGGCCUCUCACACUGGGCUCCCGCCGCGAUGACAAAUCGGGCUCCUGGAUCGGCCUCCGCUUCGGCGAGUACGACCAACUCGCAAGGUGUUCUCAUGGUUGGACCCAAUUUCAAGGUCGGCAAGAAGAUAGGAUGCGGUAAUUUCGGGGAGCUGCGUCUUGGAAAGAAUUUGUAUAAUAAUGAACAUGUAGCAAUCAAAUUGGAACCUAUGAAGAGUAAAGCUCCUCAACUCCAUUUGGAGUACAGAUUCUAUAAGCUUCUGGGGCAGUCCGAAGGCUUGCCACAAGUGCAUUACUUUGGACCUUGUGGCAAAUACAACGCUUUGGUCAUGGAGUUACUUGGACAUUCGCUGGAAGAUUUGUUUGAUUGA